UAUAGAUGUUCAGACCGGAUCCGACUGGCCCAUCAUCUUCUACAACCGACCCUAACAACCAUUUAUUAGUUCUGGAUCUUUACCGUUUAAAAAUCAAUCGCAAAAUUACAAAAGAAAAAAAAAAGAAAAAGAAAAAUGAGUUCGAAGAACGAACUGCCAGACGAGCUAUGGAGAAAAAUACUAGAAAUUGGAAUCAAAUCCUCAAAUUUCAUAUUCAAAGAUCUUUGUUGUAUUUCAAUCAGCUGCAGGCGUCUCCAACGUUUAUCGAAUGAGGACUCACUCUGGUCCCACUUACUCUCCGUUGAUUUCCCCAAUCAAAUCUCAUCACCUCCAUCAUCCUCCUCCCCGAAAUCUCUUUACAAAAUAAGGUUUGAGAGAGAAAGAGAGAGGAAGUUAUUGGUUUAUAAAAGGGCGGUGUUGAGGAAAGAGAGUCAAGUUUCGGAGCAUUUAAGGAAGCUUCGAGAAAUUGAGGUUCGGUUAAGUGAGGAAAGAGAGAAAUUGAAGUCUGCCGUUUCGGAAUUGUCUAAUUUACAUAAGGUCAGUCAAGCAUCAGUGGCUUUGAAUGUGUGGCAGCCGGAGGUUGUGCGCGGUAGGCAAAAACAAAUGGUCGAGCAAUGUGUUGUUCCAGUUGAAUCUAGAAUCCGUGCCCUCAAGAUGGAAGUUAAGCUUUGCAACCAACAGCUACAAGUGUUUGAUAAGGCUUAUAGAGAUGAGAAGCAAAGGCUUGAUGCAGCUAAGGAGGAGUUGCAAUCCAUGAAAUAUCACCCUUUACGAGAUUAUAAGCUGACGAGUAAUGAAAGCCAUGAAAAUAAGAUGAAGAGGAAGAAGUUGAAAACAUGCAUCAACUCUCCUUGUAAACAAGGUAAAACAACAUAGAUGAGCAUGCUUGCUUAAUCGACUUGCUGCCCCGUACCAUCUUCUGUAUGGUUCUGGCCUUAUGACAUUAUCCAUUGUGCCUUUUUUUGUCUGUGGGGCGCAGAGAAUGUGCAGAAAUGUGGCAUAUGCAGGCCUUCCAAAGCUGAAUGUUCAUCAAUUCCGAUGUAAUACCCUUGUACCGACCUGCGUUGUAUUUAUUUGAGUUGUAAUGAGAAUUAUCACACAGAGAUCGUUGUAAUAUCUUAAUUCUUUAUAUUUUCGUUUGGUGGACAAAGACUUUAUAA